AAGGAAUCAAUAUUUUGGGACGGAGGGAGUAGGUGAGUGACAAUGAUAUUGAUCUCUCGCGUUGGACUUCUCUGUGACUUGCGAUCUCUCUUUUUAGGCAUCUGCUGGGGAUGCUCUGAGUGAGUGAGUGAGAGAGGGAGAGAAAAGACAGCUUUGGAGGAAGCCAUGGCAGUGGGAAUGGAAGUAGUUAGUGAAGGUGGAGAGGGGUACAAAGGAAGGAUGACAUCAUUUGUUCUGUUGUCUUGCAUCGUGGCUGCCACCGGUGGAAUCAUCUUCGGCUACGAUAUUGGAAUUUCAGGUGGAGUGAGCUCCAUGGAUCCAUUUCUGAGGAAAUUCUUCCCAGAGGUGUAUGCCAAGAUGCAAAAAGACACCAAGACCAGCAACUACUGCAUGUUUGAUAGCCAAUUGUUGACAUCAUUCACAUCAUCCCUGUAUGUGGCUGGCCUUUUUGCUUCCUUCUUAGCCUCAUCGGUCACUAAAGCCUUUGGGCGCAAGCCAUCAAUACUUGCUGGGGGGGUUGCAUUCCUAGCUGGUGCAGCCCUUGGUGGUGCAGCUUUCAAUGUGUAUAUGCUAAUAUUUGGCCGCAUCUUGCUUGGUGUUGGGGUUGGCUUUGCAAAUCAGUCAGUCCCACUAUAUCUCUCAGAAAUGGCUCCACCUAGACAUAGAGGUGCAAUCAACACUGGAUUCCAUUUGAGCAUUGGAAUCGGUGUUUUGUCAGCGAACCUUAUCAAUUAUGGUACUGAAAAGAUCAAAGGCGGAUGGGGAUGGAGAGUCUCCCUAGCCGUGGCAGCAGUACCAGCUUCAAUUAUAACUAUAGGAGCACUUGUCCUUCCAGAAACACCGAACAGCCUAAUUCAUCUAAGCAACGGUCUUCAUAAGGCAAAAUUGAUGUUGCAAAAAAUCAGAGGCACCCAAGAUGUCCAAUCAGAACUUGAUGACCUCAUAAAAGCAAAUGAGGUCUCGAAAACCAUCAAACACCCAUUCAAGAAAAUCAUACAAAGAAAGUAUAGGCCUCAAUUUGUCAUGGCAAUAGCUAUACCAUUCUUCCAACAAAUAACUGGGAUCAAUAUCAUUGGUGUCUUUGCCCCGGUUCUUUUUCGAACUAUAGGCCUAGGUGAAAGUGCAUCACUCAUGUCAACAAUUGUGACAGGGGUUGUGGCUACAAGCUCAAACUUCGUAUCAAUUUUGUUGGUGGAUAAACUUGGUCGAAGAGUUCUUCUUACAGUAGGUGGAGCACAAAUGCUAGUUUCACUAAUUAUCAUUGGAAGUGUAAUGGCAGCUCACCUACGGGACAAUGGACAGUUGAGCAAAGGGUAUGCUUUAGUGGUCUUGAUUUCUAUCUGCACUUACGUUUCUGCAUUCUGUUGGUCAUGGGGUCCAUUGGGAUGGUUAAUUCCAAGCGAAAUUUUUCCUUUGGAGAUACGAUCAGCGGGGCAAAGUAUUAAUGUUGCAGUGAAUUUUCUCUUCAUUUUCGUUAUUGCUCAAAGUUUUCUACCAAUGCUUUGCCACUUCAAGUUUGGGAUUUUCUUCUUUUUCGGGGGAUGGGUUGCGGUGAUGACCGCAUUUACUUACUUGUUUUUGCCUGAGACUAAGAAUGUGCCAAUUGAGCAGAUGGACAGAGUGUGGAGGGAACAUUGGUUUUGGAAAAGAAUUGUAGGAGAAGAGCAUGAAGUGAGCAAAAUGGAGGAAGAAUGACAUGGGGAUAAAGUGAACUCAUCACUUCCCUUGUUUUCUUAUUUGGUUGCUGGUUUAGUAAUAUAAUCCUAUUGUAAGAUAAAAAAACUUGCUAAAAACCUGUGUUUAGCUUUGUGCUUAACCGGUGAGGUCACACAUGAAUGGAUGAAACAGGGGAUUGGUCUUUGUUUUUGUAAUUAACUUAAACUGUUGCUUGAUUUAUAAAACAAAAUUGAACCAACAA